AACGACCCUUCAGAAAUCACAUUUUGUAAUUAUUCUGUCACAAAAAAAAAUCUCCAUUUUCUCUUCUUCCUUUUAUUCUUCAGACAAACAAACAUCACCGAAGCUAAAAAUAAAAAAUAAAACCAAAAAAUUCCACCAUAAAUAGCAACCCUAGUUCAUUCUUCUUUCUUCUUUUGUAUGUACUUCAAUGGAGUCUCUUUCGCGGCCUUUACAUAGAAGAAAACUCUCUAACACAAAUGCCUUUUCAUUUUCCGCUAAGCAACAGCAUCCGUACGACGGCGUUUUUGCAGGUUCACAUUCGCAGUUCGGAGCUCCGGUUUUGUCUCCCGGAGCUCCGGAUUACUCUGAGAUUUUUGGUGUUUCUCGUGGUUCGUCAAUUCCUGUGCUUGAUCUUUCUGGUUUGGAUGCUACGGCGGUUUCCGAUGAUUGUCGGAGCUCGAUGAAGGUUGAUUAUUCCAACAUUUUUGGUGGUUUUUCUGAAGAGGAUAAUGAUAUUGCUGUGCCGUAUGAAGAGUUGUUUUCUAAAGUUAAAAAAGGAAAACGUUCCUCUGCUAAAUCUCGGACUGCUUCGGAAGGAUCCGAUCAAUUUAGUCCAAGUGGAAGGCAAAAAGAGUCCUCAUGUGAUGCAACUAAUCAAUCUUUGGAUGGGCCAAAGCAUUUUAACCUAUCUUAUCAUAAGACCAGCCAAAGAAGCACUGAUGGAUCAAAUGGUAUGACACAGAUAGCUCAACUCCAUGCUGUCCCCGGUUUUACGCAUUUUAUAGAUGAAAGUUCUCAUUUACCAAAGACUGAAUGCUGUCAACAAGCAACCUUUGUAAAAGGUGAUGUACUUCGCCAUAGGAGUUUCAGUGGGGAAGUAUUUAAUGGACGUGAUAGGAAGGGGGAUUUUCAUGUCCCAAAGAUGCAAAAUUCAGAUGGAGUACAUCGCAACAGGAGCUUUAGUGGGGAAAUAUUUAAAGGACAUGCUAGGAAUGGGGAUUUGCAUAUCCCAAAGAUCCGAAGUUUAGCUGGAGGACAUCGCAACAGGAGCUUUAGUGGGGAAAUAUUUAAAGAAGGGCAUGCUACGAAUGGGGAUUUGCAUGUCCCGAAGAUCCAAAGUUCAGAUGGAGUACAUCGCAACAGGAGCUUUAGGGGGGAAAUAUUUAAAGAAGGGCAUGCUAAGAAUGUGGAUUUGCAUGUCCCCAAGAAACAAAGUUCAGAUGGACAUCACAAUAGGCACUUAAGUGGGGAAAUAUUUAGAGAAGAACGUGAUAGGAAUGGGGACUUGCAUUUCCCCAAGAAACAAGGUUCAGAUGAAGUUCAUCUUGACGAUGAAGUUCAUCUUGACAGGAGCUUUAGUGGGGAGUUAUUUAAUGGACAUGAUAGAAAGGAGAUUUUGCAUUUUCCCAAGAAACAAAGUUCAGUUGGCGUAGUGAAGGCUACAAGUGGAUCUAGCUGGGAUGCGUUCAAUGGUAAAUUUUUUAGUGCACGUGAUGAAUUUGACAGGAGAUCAAGUUCCACUGAAGGGGCAUCAACUUCAAGCGCCAUGGCCAAUGACAUCAAGGGCCAGCCUUUUCAGUCAAAAAUACCUGGUCCUGAUUCCACAUUUGGUGCAUCUGGAAGGGGUAUUCAUGCCGCUGAUACUUCACUGCCUUCCUCUGAUGAGGAACUUGAUGCAAAUUCAGCAGCUGCUAUUUCUGCUGCCACUUUGAAAAAAGCCAUUGAGAAGGCUCAAGAAAGUAUUAGACUAGCAAAAGAGCUAAUGGAGAGAAAUGAAGGUGUUCCAGCUUCUCAGAAACGAAGGUCUAAAGGUAGCUUAAAAUCCAAGGAUAAUAGGUUUGAGUGCAACACAAGAAGUAGCAUGAGAAAUACUAUAGAAUUGCAGAGAAAAUUAGGUAUUGGAUUGCCUCCAUUUUCUGAGGUUUGCAGGGGAAUUCCAUCAAGCAGUGCUGAUUUUGCUUCAUGCUUCAAUCUUAAAGAACAGCAAAGAGUUGCUGGAAAUGUUGAAGCAUCUCACAGAGAUGUAGCAGGAGCUUGGUUUCCGGAAGUGGUAAGCAGUAGAAAGGAGAAUUCUCAAACUUUGGCAUCUCAACGGGUUGGGAGCAACAAUCGCGCUCAACCAUCUAUGGAGAACAACAAACAUGUAUACAAGCUAGAGGAGAUGCCUACAAGUAACAAGACCAUGGAGCUUGGAGAAGCGCCAGAUAACAUCAAAUCAAUGGGGGAUAUUAUAAAGCCAACACUAAAUGUUCUUGGGAAGGCAGAAGCUCCAGAGCAAUACAAGGAUACUUCUAAUUCAGCUCUGAUGCACGAUUCUGAAGAAUUUGUAAAUUCAGAAAUGAACAAAGAGUAUUGCUUUUCUAAGGAGAAAGGAAAUUGUUCCACCGAGUUGAAGAAGUCAGAAAACAUGAAGAACAAUCUAGAGUUGACAUUUGUUGAGCAGUGGAGUUUCAAGAACUUGCAGAAUUCUACGGCGCUGCAUACCGAGGAGAAAAUUGAAUUCCAAGAAAUGGAGAAUGAUAAUCUACGUAACAACGGAAAGACACCUCCAGAAAACGAAACAUUGAAGCAUGAAGACUUGGAAUCCAGUGCAGUGCCGGAGUGGUUGGAAAAGGUUGAGAUGGAAGAGAACAAAAGUAGAUUAGGAAGGAGCUCCGAUGAAGAAGAAACUGACAUUGUGCACAAGGAAGCCUUCAUAUGGGUGGAAAAUGAUGAGAAGCCACAACAUGGCUGCGAGAAAGAAGGCAUUGAGAGUAGACUGGAUGAUUUCCAAGGGGGACAAGACGCCAGGACAUCAGAUGGGGUUCAUGAGCGUGAGCAGAUUUGCAACAAAACAAUCUACUCUCGUGAAGGGGAAGAAAGUGAGAGAAAUGAAGAAGGAUCUGAAGGGGAACUACUUCAGAACUUAUCCGUAGAGACUUGUCAGUAUGAAGCAACUGAAGAAAUGGAGAACCAACCUGAUAAAUUCACACAGAAUAGAAAGACUGAUGCAAGUCAGGAGGCUGAAGGAACUGAUAGUGGGCUGGAAGCCUCCGAUAAGAGUGAGGAUGAUCAGGAGACAAGUGUGGCUCCAGGUGUUGCUGAUAAACAAGAUUCAAAGAGAUCUGUUAAUGAACCUGAUCAUGAUAGUGGUACUUGUUCAAGUGAGAUGCAAGAAGCUUAUGAAAAUCAACUAGAAAAUGAUGACCUUGAAAUUAGUCAGCAGGCAGUUGAUUUUGAAGGAAUACAAGGAGUAUCUGAAUCCAUCAAUGAGCAUGCCGAUUGUGAGAAGGAUGGAGUAAGUGAAGAGGCAUCCAAUUCAAGGGAGAAGGAGAUAACGGAAACUGCUAGUGAAGAGGAUGCCUCUGAGGGCAUUGUGCAAGAUACAUAUGAGGCCUCAUCUGAGGAUGCGAAGGAAGUGAAUUAUGAUUCCCCUUGCAUGAACAGUGCGGACAAUCUUCCAAGUGAAAAACUGUUGUUUGAGACAGAGAGCUUCUCUGAUGUCAUUCAAGAGAAUGUGAGUGAUGAUGAAUCACAUUUUGUACCUGAGGUCCACCCUUCUGAAGAACAAAAGAAUACCACAUUUAUUGACAUAAACCUUGAACAGAAACGAAUGGAUGAGACCGGUAGGGAACCAGAAGAAUCCUCAAAUCUUGAAGAAGGGGAUGACUCUUGGGUUCGUGGACAUGUAGAGACUGAGGAAUCAAUCAAGGGGGAUAGUAUCGUUGAUCAGGUUGAGAAAAACAAAGAUAUUGAAGCAGCUCAGCAAGUAAAGAAGUCUGAUGAGAACUCAGAAGACUUGGAAUGCUCUUCUUUACCUGGUGACCGUGAACCACUGGACAGUGAUGAAGAGGUAAAGGCAGAACUACACAAGGAAGAAAACAAUCUUAGCGAAAAAACUGUUGUAGAAGAGGAGACCAAAGACUCAAUACAAAAAGAAGUGGAGGACAAAUAUAAUGGUAGAAAGAAUGAAGUGGACACGAGACAAAGGGAAAGGGAAAAAGACAGAAUAGUUGUGGAAAGAGCAAUUCGGGAGGUUCGUGAGAGGGCUUUUGCUGAAGCCUGUGAAAGAGCAGAACGAGCUGCUGUGGAGAGAGCAACUGCUGAAGCUCGGCAAAGAGUAAUGGCUGAGGCACGAGAGAAGCGUGAGAAGGCUUCUGCAAGUAUCAAGGCAUCAACAGACAAAGCUUCCAUUGAAGCCAAGCUUAAAGCAGAGCGAGCUGCUGUGGAGAGGGCAACUGCAGAAGCCCGUGAACGUGCUUUAGAGAAAGCUUUAUCACAAAAAAGCAUAGCUGAAUUAAGGUCUCAAGUAGAUAGAGACGGUGUUGAAAGAUUUGCUAGUACAACCAGAGAGAAUGGAUUGAAGCACAGCCUUUCUUCUUCCGAUUUGGAGAAAUUUGAUGGAAGUAAUACUGAAUCAGCUCAGAGGCGCAAAGCAAGGUUGGAGAGGCACCAGAGGAUAAUGGAACGAGCAGCAAAAGCCCUCGCGGAGAAGAAUCAGCGCGAUAUUCUGGCUCAGAAAGAGCAAACAGAGAGAGAUAGACUAGCAGAAGCUCUUGAUGCUGACAUUAAAAGAUGGGCCAGCGGGAAGGAAGGGAACCUACGUGCACUUCUUUCUACUCUGCAAUAUAUCCUUGGACCCAAUAGUGGUUGGCAACCUAUCUCGCUGACUGAGAUUAUUACGACUGCUGCUGUGAAGAAAGCCUACCGGAGAGCAACUCUUUAUGUUCACCCUGAUAAGUUGCAGCAAAGAGGAGCAAACAUUCAGCAAAAAUAUGUUUGUGAAAAGGUUUUUGAUCUUCUAAAGGCCGCAUGGAACAGGUUCAACUCAGAAGAGAGGUGACAAUGUUUCGGCCAUCACCUUUUCAAGAUGAAGACGAAUGUUGCCUUAAUUUGUUGUUUUGUAUAUACAUUGAACUAUUGACAAUCUUAUCUUAGACAUGAACAAGCAGCUUAUCAGUUUGGAAAUUCAGGGUAAAGUUAUUUACAAAA